AUGGCCACAACCGAGGAAGGAGAGAAAGAUGGCAAGUCCGUCGGACUCUCCAAAGAAGAAUAUGAGAUCAUCACCAACAAAAUCGCUGUCGCGAUCGCAAGGCACGAAGAGGUCGUCAAAGGCUGGAUCGCCCAAUCUGCGCGCAGCAAGGAACCGAGAAAAACACUCGAACAACUCCAAGCUGAAGAUGCUGAGCUCUUCCGUCCUCAACCUCCUCGACUUGGAAUCGGCUGCCCGAUCCCUGCGCAUUUCCUGAAGAGCGACGCCGAAAUAGGCAACACAAGUCUUCGCGCCAAAUUACUCCCCUCCAAAGGUCUCAAGGCGAGCAAGGCUCGGGAUGCCGAGGAGAAGGCUGCAAGUGCGAAGCGAGGUAUGAGAGAGCAGAGUAGCGACGAAGAAGAGGGUAGAUCUGGUCUGGGAAGAGCAAAGAAGCAGAAGACCAAGCUUGCUCCCGAACCCUCCAAAAAGGUCAAGGAGGUGGCAGCAUUGGCAGAUCCCGGUGCUGGCAAGGGCAGGAUGAGAUUCGAUGAGGAGGAUUCAGAGCCAGCGGCGGAUCUAGGAGCUGUGGAGGAUCUUAAGUUGAAGCAAUCGGACCAGGAACCAGACGAAGCAGUUGAGAUCCUAGGAGAGUCGCAACUUAUCAAGAAGCAGAAGAAGAAGAAGAAAAAGAAAUCCAAGCUUAGCGCGGCUGGUAUUUCCGAGCGUGAACCUCAGGGUAUCCCCAUACUCCCCAGUCGUUCCAUUCCCGGCUCACUCCCAAGGGUAGCUCCAGUCUCAACUGGUGUUGCAAAGAUCACGAUUCCUAUGGCUGAUGAGAUGGAGGUCGACACACCGGCGAAUGGUGAUAUGGAAGAGGCAGAGCGAUUGAGAAAAAAGGAACUGAAGAAGGAACUGAAAAAGCAAAGGAAGAAGGAGCGUAGGGAGAAAAAGCGUAGUGGGGGAGGCACCAGCUAG